GGGGGGGGGGGGGAGGGUAAGGAGGUGAAUAAAUACGGCAGGCUUGCUGAACGGAGCCUGCGAUCUUUCUGUAAAGACGCUGAUCCCACUUCUGACCAUCUUUCCCCAGUUGAUUCCAGAAGUUCUCACAAUGAAGCUUGGUUGUUUCAACCUGGUCUUGCUCCUGAUUUCUGGGCACUGUUUGAAUUACUGUCGGAGUGAGAAUGGGCAACAGCAGCAAGUUGCUCUUGCUGUGCUGGAACAGUCUGAAGAAAAUCUUGGUGAGAGGAAGGAGGAAGCAACAGUGGAGGAUGAUCUGGACCCUGAGGACAUGGAAGUCUUUUACCCAACUCAUGAUUGGCAAAUAGUUAAACCAGGUCAGGCAAUUCCUGCAGGGCUACAUGUUCGAUUAAACUUGGAAACUGGAAAGAAUGAGGCAAAGAUACCAGAUGGUGAGACUGGGAAGACUGGAUUGAAGUACUGGAAGCAAGGAAAUAGACAUGGAAUGGUGAAUGUGGAUUCUAAAUCUUUCACAGCUGAGGAGUUGAAAAGGGCUUUAAAGUUAAUGAAAACAGAAAGCAACCCACCAACUGAGGAGGAUCGUCAGGAGAAGCUUCGUGAGACAUUCCGCCCAAUCAAAGAACUGAUGGAAGAUUUUGAAGCAAUGCAUGUGGUGAUGGAAACUGAUAUGGAAAUAAUCAAUAAACUUAUCAGCAAAUUCAACAGCUCCAAUGUGACACUGGAGGACAAAGUUGCUGCUCUAUAUGACCUGGAAUACUAUGUCCAUCAGGUGGACAAUGCCCAGCAUCUGAUGUCCAUCGGGGGGUUGCAACUUGUGAUCAAGGCACUAAAUGCAACUGAACCCCGUAUUCAGGAGCACGCUGCCUUUGUGCUAGGAUCUGCACUUUCUGGCAACCCAAAGGUUCAGAUUGAGGCGAUAGAGGCUGGGGCUUUACAGAAAUUAUUGAUAUUGUUGGCAACUGAUCAGCCAGUUGUUAUGAAGAAGAAGGCUCUCUUUGCGCUCUCAUCACUGCUGCGCCACUUUCCAUUUGCCCAGCAACAGUUUUUGAAACUUGGAGGCCUGCAGGUACUUGGGCAGCUGUUUCAGGCAAAGGGAAUGGAGUCCCUGCGUAUUCGAAUCAUGACUUGUCUCUAUGACAUGGUCAUGGAGAAGAAACUUAUCCAAGAGACUGAAGACAAUAGUGUUCAACACAAGGAGAAAUGCCGUCAAUACGAUGAGGUUAAUUUGCUAUCGCCUAUGCUGGAACAGGACUGGUGCACCCUGGUUCCCAAACUCUUGAUAUCCACAGAACAUGACACAAGGGAAAAAGUUUUACGGACCAUGAAUCUUAUGAUUUCUUCCUGUAGAAGCGAGUACCAGGCUAUACAGGGCCUGAGUUCCUUGCUGGACAUGCUCCGAUUAGAAUAUGAGGAGCUGGCUGCUGAAGAGCAGAAAGAGGGUGAGACAGAUGGUUACUUCCUGGGACUCUUAAACUCUGCUAAAGACAUCAUUAAGAAGCUGGAAUGAUUGGUGCAAGAAAUAUGUGGAACUAGUUUCAAUGUGAACUUUUUUUAAACUUUGAACCUGUGACAGUACAUUACUGCAAAAGAAUUUGCAGUCUGCUGUAAAUUCAAACUACAGGGAAAUUCACCUGUUCCCUUUUGGAAUAUAUUGCAAUGCCUUGAUAAAGUGUGAAAAUAAUGUUUGGCUUAGUAAAGCCCUUUGUUAUCCAAGUUGCUGUGCUCACUUCUGGCUUUGAGAAGUUGCUGCACUUUAUGCAUAUAUUUAUUUUUCUGAAAUGUUGAGUAAAUUUGGUGUUUAACAAAGUGGUUUGGCAUUAAUAGACUUCUGAAGCUUCCCUUCUGCACUUGGUUUUGAACCUUCAAUUCACGAAGAUUUGAGUUGUUUUUUGGUCGGGUCAGCAAAUAUGACGAGCACCAGGCAUGCCAUAGAUAUCACUGUUUGUUCAGGAGUCUUCCUGUUGAUCUUGCUCACCAUUGCUGCUCUGUAAAUAUUGCUCCUGAUUUUGGAUCAAGAGCAGAGAUAAUAAUUAAUUAAAUGCUAAUGGCUGACAACUUUAAAAUUAAAACUUCAUGUCUAGUUAUUUCAACUGUAAAAUAUUAAAUUGUUAUGAAUUGUUUAAUAGAUGUGUUUUAAAAACAUAUGGAAGUUUUUAUUUAAAUUUGUUUCCACGAGUAUUUGUGUUAAAAAUGCCAGUCUACUAAAAUUCCACAAUGACCUUUUGGUGGUGAAAAUGUUUAGGGUACAUCUUUAAAGUUUUCUGUACCCAGA